UUGACUUGAAGCUCAGACAGAAACUCUUCAGGCUCUAUUGCGAUUACGGCCCGUCAUGGUAGCCUCAGCAAUUUUCAUUUUAGAUUCACGCGGCAAGACACUAAUUAGCAGGAACUUCAGAGGGGAUGUGCCGAUUGAUAUUGUUUCAGAAUUCAAGUCGAAAGUUAUUCAUGCGGAAGAUGACUCAAAAAUAACCCCGUUCCUUCGCGUGGAAGAGAAGGGCGUAACAUUCAUCCAUAUUCGUCAUGCGAACAUCUUCCUCGUCGCGGUAACGAGAAAGAACUCAAAUGCAACGAUGAUCAUAACGUUUUUGUAUAAACUCAUUCAGGUUUUCACUGAUUACUUCAAGGAUGUCCAUGAGGAAUCAAUACGAGACAAUUUCGUGAUCAUCUACGAGCUCUUGGACGAAAUGAUGGACUUUGGCUUCCCUCAGAUAUCAGAAUCUAAAAUACUGCGAAAGUACAUCACACAGGACUACCGUGUUUCUGAAUCAGCGUCAUCCCUCCCGAUAGCUGCGACAAACGCAGUGUCGUGGAGAAACGAAGGUGUUAAACAUACAAGGAACGAAGUUUUUCUUGAUGUCAUUGAAAAGGUGAACAUCUUAGUCUCCGGGACCGGGAAUCUUCUUCGCUCCGAAAUUGUUGGAAAGCUAAUGAUGAAAUCAUACCUCAGUGGGAUGCCAAAUCUCAAACUUGGGCUGAAUGAUAGACUGCAAUUUGAGGCGAAUGCAGCAAACGGUGGAGAACAUCGAGGCAAAUCGGUAGAUUUAGAAGACAUCAAGUUUCAUCAAUGCGUGCGGCUGGCGAAAUUCGAAAAUGACCGUACGAUCUCAUUUAUUCCGCCAGAUGGCAUGUUUGAGCUCAUGAGCUAUCGGCUAAACACACAAGUUAAACCUCCAAUAUGGAUCGAUGCGGUGAUUGAAAUGCGUGCAACUAGAGUGGACUAUGUUGUGAAGGCACGGACACAGCUGAAGCCGAGAGCAAUAGCGAACAACGUGAAAAUUUUCGUCCCCGUGCUCCCGGAUGUUGUGGCACCCUCCUUCAAAUGCACUUCUGGGAAGGCUAAGUAUGCCCCAGACAAGGAUGCGGUGGUAUGGUCGCUUAAGCAAUUCAAAGCAGGUCGUGAUGCUGUGAUGCGCGGUCACUUUUCGUUGCCGAGCAUCGGGAAAGAUCAAGAACGAGAGAAUUCUACUAAGAGACCGAUCACGGUCGAAUUUGAAGUUCCAUAUUUUACAAUCUCCGGCUUGCAAGUACGGUUUCUAAAGGUCGUUGAGAAAUCAGGGUACAACGCUGCGCCGUGGGUACGUUACAAGUUGAUCAGUGGUGAUUACCAGAUCAGAAUGACGGAUUGUUUUCCGUCUUGUGAUUGGCUCCUAUAG